GUGGAUUGAUGCUCGAUGUGCAGUUUGAAAUAAUGAACAUAGAUACAAAGUUAUGGCUGAUCCUCGCUGUAGUUAUGUACAACGGACGAUGCGAGGAUACAGUUCUGCCAGCGGGCGAAGUUUUGCACGAAAAUAUAAAAAUAUUAUUUUACAAUAACACUGAACAAAAGAUGAAAUUUCAAAGCGCUCUUGAUUUUUGUGCAUCGCUAAAAGGAAGUCUGCUUUUGAUAAAAGACAACGGGAUCCAACUAAAAGUCACUGAGCAAUUGGCCCAAUGGGAAAGCUCGGUUGAUCAAAGUGAAUGUGGAAACAACUGCUGGCACUUGGGUUAUUGGGUUGGAGCUCGGGAAUAUAACAAUCAGUGGAUGUGGCUUGAUAAUUCAGCUGUAGAUGGGGUGUAUCAAAACUGGUAUAGGAACCAACCGAACGGCGGUAAUGCGACGGCAUAUGCGAUGAAGGUUAUGCCUAUUGAUCAGGUGAAAACUACAUCAGGUAUUCUUGGAAAGUGGGGUGACGAUAAUGCAAACCAAAAAAAGAACUUCAUCUGUCAAUUACAUUUAUGCAAUGGUUAUGAGUGCGCCAACGGAGGAAAUUGUACAUUGGAUUUAGCUACAUCUUCGCUAAAAUGCAUUUGCAUAAACGGGUACUCUGGCAAAACUUGUCAAAUAGAACCAAAUGUAACAUUGCCGUGCAAUGCAACAAAGCAAAAGAAAUACGAGUAUAAGUUCUUUAAUUAUCCUCCCCUGAACUACACCACUGCUAACGAGAGAUGUGUGGAAGAGGGGAAUGGAUAUCAACUUGUCAAAGUGAAUAGCUCCUUCAUUCAGGAUGACAUCAAUUCACAGAUACAGAAGUGGGCAUAUGAUUUUGAUGAGCAAUCCUGGACUAAUGCAUCGGAGGCCGGCUACUGGGCAGGAGGUGACAAAACAAGAGGUGACUGGUAUUGGUUAGAUGGAACAUCAAUUCCACUUCAAUCAACAGUUGAGUUUGAAAACUGGUUGGAUGGUUUUCCAUUGGUUUCAAGCAGGUUAUCUGCUCUUCAAAUUUUGUUGACAAACUCCUCAUUUAGUGAUGAGGUAAAUGGAGAUAUUUUGGGAAAAUGGGUGGACGGUAUGAUCAUUCAAAAGAAAAGAUACAUUUGCCAAAGAUUGUACAACCCAUGUUCAGUUGAUAAUCCAUGUUUGAAUGGUGGAGAAUGCCUUCCAGAGCUCAACCACAUCCAAUCUUCGUUCAAAUGUAUUUGUUCUGAUGGUUAUUAUGGCGACAUAUGCCAAUAUGAUCCAUGUACUGUGAACCCAUGUGAAAAUAAUGGCACUUGCUCACUGGAAACUCAAUCGGAUUGUGGGCUUUUGUAUAUCAUUGGUGGAAGUGGAGAUGAAUGUGAAGUUACCAACACAACAGCAUACAGAUGUGACUGCAUUGUUGGUUAUCACGGCAUUAACUGCACACAAGAUCUUUGCACUAACAACCCAUGUUUGAACAAUGGUACAUGUAAUAUGAAUGGCAGCGAUUAUCAAUGUCAAUGUGUUGGUGAUUUCUUUGGAAGAAACUGCACCGAAGUUCCUGACCCAUGCAACUCUCUAUACUGUGGUAGUAAUGGUAAAUGCAUUGUUGUAAAUUCUACAGCUUUGUGUCAAUGCUAUGUUGGAUAUUAUGGGCAGUAUUGUGAAAAUGAUCUAUGUACACACAACCCAUGUAUGAAUAACGGAACAUGUAAUAUGAAUGGUAGCGAUUAUCAAUGCCAGUGUCUUGAUGGAUAUUAUGGAAAAAACUGUACCAACGACUUAUGCACUGUAAGUCCAUGUGGUGAUAAUGGUGAAUGCAUUUUGACAAAUUCAACAUUUACCUGCCUGUGCGAUGCAGGGUAUUACGGAAAUUACUGCGAGAAUGAUCUUUGCACUAACAACCCAUGUUUGAACAAUGGUACAUGUAAUAUGAAUGGCAGCGAUUAUCAAUGUCAAUGUGUUGGUGGUUUCUUUGGAAAAAAUUGCUCAACUCCAGAACCAUGUAUCCCCUCACCUUGCGGAAGCCAUGGUUUGUGUAUUGUCAGAAACACAACAGAGUAUUAUUGUUUAUGUGAUGAUGGUUACUAUGGGAACGAAUGCCAAAACAAUCCUUGCACCAUACAACCAUGUCAGAAUGAUGGUGAUUGUCAAGUUAAUAAUUCAUCAUAUACAUGUGAAUGUAAAACUGGCUUUUUUGGCAUCAACUGCACACAGGACUAUUGUUCACAAGAUCCUUGCAUGAACGGUGGAAAUUGUAGUAUAAAUGGAACAUCUUACGCAUGUGACUGUCCACCUACUUAUUCAGGAUUCAACUGCACUGAAGCAAUUUUUUUUACUGAUGAUGCUGUUGGUUUCUCCAUUCACUUAAGUGUGGAUUCUUUAACCAACUUUACCACUUCACUCACAACUUGCAUGGACUUGGGUGGGGCGUUGGUGAUUGUAAAAACACAAAACACGCAAACUUUUCUUGAGAGAUAUAUUUCAAAUAUAACUGACAUGAAUGGGUUUUGGAUUGGUGCACAAAAUGUCUCAGGAGAAUGGUUGUGGCUUGAUGGGAGCUCAGUUAAUAAUCAAGAUUUCGAAAAAUGGCCACCUGAAACACAACAGCUUAAUGGGAAUUGUUUGUCCUUGCAGAGGCAGAAUAUAGAAUCAGAAUUUGUUUGGAUACCCAAAGAUUGUAAUGCACCCAUUGGCUAUAUUUGUGAAAAACCAGCUGAUGGUGAAGACCCAUGUAUACCAACACCAUGCCUUCAUAACUCAGUAUGUACAAGCAGUGGUGCACAUUUCUAUUGCAAUUGUUCAGAUCUCUAUAGUGGAAACCUAUGUGAAAGACCUUUGAAUACCCCAAGCCCUCCAUUCCAACCUUGGCUAAUUGUAGUGAUUGUCAUAAGCACAGCUCAAAUACUGUUUCUCACCGUAUUCCUCUGCUAUUACGUUCAUUCUUUUCGAGAUCAGAGACAGAAGAAAUCAAAGAAAGAACAUCAUAUUGAUCUAAGUAAUUACGAAAACAGCUGCUUCCAACCAGCAAGCAACUACUCGAACUACCGAAUCACAGUGAAUCAAAUGUUUGAUAAAUACAGGGAGUUAACCUCGUUCAACAACCGCGCAUUUAUUACACAAUUUGAUGACAUAUCAAGCAUUUCUUCAAAAGUUCCAAUUUCAGCUACAGUUGCAAAACUGCCAGAAAACAAAGAUAAGAACCGUUAUGUCAAUGUUUACCCAAGUGAUAAUGCAAGAGUGGUGUUACAAGGUGAUCAAGAUUAUAUCAAUGCAAGUUAUAUCGAUUCUUACGGAAUGCCCAAGAAAUUCAUUGCAGCCCAAGGUCCUACACGAGAUACAGUAGUCGACUUUUGGAAUAUGAUUUGGGAGCAGAACUGUCAAAUAAUCGUCAUGCUGACUAAUCUUUUUGAAGAUGCGCUGAAAAAAUGUGAGAAAUACUGGCCCGAAAUUGGAUUUGUUGAUCGUUUUGGAGAAAUCCUAGUUGAGACAACAGAAGAUAUAUCAUAUGGAAGUUAUACCAUUAGAACUUUCAGAGUUUUUGUCGCUAAUUCGAAUGACGAAAAUUGUUGCAAGACAGUGAAGCAUCUACAUUUUAACUCAUGGCCUGACCACGGUGUUCCUGUGUCCACCACUGCUUUCUUGAAGUUUUAUGACAUUGUGAUGGAGACUUAUCAAAGAGAUUUUGUCUUAACACCCAUUGUAGUUCAUUGCAGUGCUGGAGUAGGCCGUUCAGGAACUUUCAUUGCAUUAGAUUCCCUCCUUGAGGAACAACGAGCCACACAAGCUGUUAAUGUGUUUGAAACUGUGCUUGCUAUGCGCAGGAAACGAACGCUCAUGGUGCAAACUUCUAGCCAAUACAUAUUCCUGCAUAGAUUGAUGGUUGAACUGCUUUGUCUUCCAAAAACUGAAUUUUCCAUUCUUGAGAUUGAAAAGAUCAUGACAAAUCUUGCAAAAAAAGAUGAAAAUCUUGUCAUUGGGUUUGAGAAAGAGUUUGAUAACUUGAACAUCAUUGGACCAAUUGACACACAGAGGGGAAUAGCUUUACAACCAAAAAACUUCCCAAAGAAUAUGUUCCAGGACAUUCUGCCAUAUGACAAGUCCAUACUUAAACUGCCUCCAUUGAAAGCCGAUGAACAACCUGCAUAUUAUAAUGCAUCUCUUAUACUGUGUGAUCUUGGUCAUAUUGUAGCCUCCCAAUGCCCAUUUGAUGAAACAGUUGUUGAUUUCUGGCAUGCGGUUUGGCACAGUGAUGCUAAAACUAUUGUAAUGAUAACAUCGAAGGAGGAGGAGCCGAAUGUUCACCCCUACUUUCCCCCAAAAAUAAGUCUCCCAGAAACUUACAACGAUAUGAAUAUUUACUUGACAAAACAAGAAAAACAACCGAAUGUCACCAAGCGGUUCCUAAGAAUUGAAAAUGGUCAAUCAAAAAUGGACAUCAAACAUUUUCAUUACCAUGAUUGGCCAAGUGCAUCGCCCCCCAACAAACAAAGUGUUCUUAAUUUCCUGGAUAUGGUUCAAAGAUGUUGGAAGACUGAGGAUGGAGCUCUCCUUGUUCACUGCAGUGAUGGUUCUGGAAGAACAGGAGUCUUCAUAACUUUGCUUAAACUGAUAGAUCUAUUAAAGCAUGGCGCAAAUCACUUGGAUGUAUUUAGGACUGUGAAAGAUUUGCGUGAUAUCAGACCAUGGUUUGUAACAAACAAGCAACAAUACCACUUCAUCUAUACUGCAUUAUCAACAUAUAUAUCAACAAUGCUGGGUGAAAAGGAAGCAGACUGCUAAGAUAGAUCCUACCAAACUUGAAUAGACUUUGUCUUCAACUCUUCAGUGUUAUUAAUUAUGGUUUUGUUGCCUUGAUUUAAAAUUCUUACUUAGUUUCUAUUGUAUUUUGUAUGAGUAGCAUUUUGUCGCUUUUAACUUUUGCUCUCCUGAAAAGAAUUUUAGUAUACCUACCAUGCACCUAUUUUGCUGGGUCGUAUUGCUUGCUGUGGAUAAAUAAUUCUUAUUACAUUAAGAACCAUUGGCUUGAAUUAACUUGUGUGGCAACAGUAUGUGCAAUAAAUGAGAAAUUUUA